CGAGCGAGCGCGGAGCGCAGCCCGGCAUGGACACCUGAGACCCGGCCCCGCCGCUCGGCUCCCCGGAGAGCCCCCGCGGGAGGAUGGGACCCGCCGCGGGAGGUCGCGAGCUGUGGGCAUUCAUCCUCUGGGCUGGGCUGGUGCUAGCCACGCAACUUGCUCUGGGAACUGUGGAGGAAGCCUGCAACUGCAGCACAGCCGUGGCCUUCUCGGAUUUUCAGGCAGCUCCAGCCCUCCAGACAUGCUGUUUGAACUUCACGGGGACUGAAAUUGGCUCCCUGGACUGGAGCCUCUUUGGUGGGGUAACAGGCCUGAGAGAGCUAUACCUCUCGCACUGCGGCGUGUUGGACAUUGUCAAUGCGCCCGGUGCGCCCGGCAGGCUGGAGAUCUUGCACUUGGAUCACAAUCAGUUGGAAAAGCUUCCAGAAAGUUUCCUAGAAGACGCCCCGCGAUUGAGGGUCCUUCGUUUGGACAGCAACAAGCUUCGCAAGCUGCCCAAAUCCUUCCUGAGAGCUUCCACCCAAAUCCAAGAGAUUCACCUUGGCUUCAAUGACUUGGCCUCCCUUCCCGCCAGUGUCUUUAAGCCCUCUCUCACCAGGCUCGGCCUCUCCAACAAUAGCUGGGAUUGCACCUGCGCCUUGCUCGGUGACCUGGAGAAGUAUCCCCCAGAGCCACCCAGCGGGGACAUGCAGGGCCCUGUCGUGGUGUGCAGCACCCCAGAGCGUUACCGCAGCAUGGACAUCCGAGACGUCCGUAAGCAGGAGCUCUGCCGGGCACACAGCUUGACCGCCCUCUUCAUCUGCUUGCCCCUGGUGGUCAUUUUAGCCCUGGUCGCCUGGUGCUUUUGCAGGCAGAAGAGAAAGACGGGCUACGCCCUCAGCCGCAGGCCGGAGUGCCACCUGGCCACAGUGGAGAGGAACGGUGCCAAGGGGCUGGCAGAGCCUCACCGCUACAUCCAGUGUGAGCUGCCCACUGCCCCCACCGAGAGCGAGAAGAACAUGCUGCUGAAGCCCUCCUCCGCCCUGCUGGGGAGCAACAGGGACCUCUACGAAGAGGUGGAAAUCAAGCUGGGGGCCUUGGACGAUUCCUUUGUGCUGGUCAACGAAGGGAGCCUCAGCCAGGAGACGGGCCCCGCGGGGGCACCGCCGGUGGUGGCGGCAGCAGAGGAGCUGGCGGGCAGCGACCCGGAAGCGGAGACCAUGAGCGUGACGGACGUGCUGAAGGACUCGGUGGACCGAGAGAAGCUCUACAUGAGCCAGGCGGUGGAUUAUUACAACCUGGUGCCUGCCAUUGAGCUGGAGGACUCUGACCACCAGGAGUACGAGAACAUUGACCUGCACUGAGGCUUGGCCAGUGAGGGGUGUCCUGGGAACCUGGGGCCGUAUCCUGCCCUUGCUGACACCCAGUGCGCUCCCGGGGGUGGGAGAGGGUGGGAGCUAGUGCGGGAUGCAGCUGGAGGGCAGUGAAUUGAGCUUGUCACUCAAACAACCAUUGUCAUGUCGAUCCAUUGGACUGGAGCGAGAGCAAUUGUACAUGAGGUAUAAAUGUCUGGAAAUGACUUAGGCUGGCUCAUUGCAGAGCGGGACGUGCUGCCUUCCGAAUUCCCACCCCCUUGGCCUGUCACGGUCCGGUCUUCCCACACACUCCCACCAGGCAGGAGUGUAUAACGCCGUCUGUCCCAAAUGCGGAGCCUGAGUCUCACCACCCCAUCAUAGGCUCCCGCGGCCGCCCAAGCCUGGCGCUCAGGGCCAGCCGUCCUUAGCAGGGCUUCGUGCUGCUCCCUGAAUGUCCUGGAAAACUAUCCGACCCUCUCAGGUGCGGCGCGGCUCCCCUCCUCCUGCCGAGGGGGUGGGCACCGCGGCGGCUGCGUGCCCCGCUCCUGCCGGCCUGGGCACGCAGCGGAGGAAGCGUGUCGAGGAGCCGCAGUACCUCUUGCUCCACCGCAUGUGCACCAAGCAGGGGGCACGGAGCCGUCAGCGCGACCCCGUGGGCAGGAGGCAGCUGGAGACAGGUCACGGGCAUGGGGAGUGGGAAGCCCUUGCCCGGCCGAGCCCCAAGAACGAGGUGGUGGCACUGACACGGGUUGGGUCUGAAAAAGGCUUGGGUCGGGUUUUCGUCUCCCUCAGGCUUGAAAAUUAGACCCAAGCAGGCCUCUGCCACGCUCCCACCCCUGGCCUGGGGUCUGGGUAGAGGCCAGGGCACCGGUUCUGCUCCUGCCUUCGGGGUGCAGGUCGGGAAUAUCUCCAUCAAAGCCACUGGGGUGACCCGGCAGCAAAACUGGCAUGAGUGGGAGAAGAAUCAGGCCCUGGAAAUCCAAGGCUGUGCUGCUGGGGACAGAGCAGGGUCACUGGGGGAAGAGGAGGGACCCAACGGUGAGGUGUCUUCGCGGCUCUUGCUGUCCAGAGACGGGCAGAGUCCCUGCAUUUCCCUGCAGGGCAGAGAGGGAACCGGUCACAGCUCCUGGGCCCCCAAACC